AUGGUGAAUUACACGUCGUAUUCGAUAACAUUGACGACUAUAUAUAACAUUCAUAUGCCUGUUUCAAUUCGUUUUUGGCUUUAUCUCAUUCCGAAUAUUUGUUCAAUCCUUUGUUCAAUUUUUGCACUAUUUCAUUUUCUAUUCGAUCGUCAGUUACGCCAAGCAAUGAACAAUCAUAUCAUCAUCAUUUUGUUGUUUAUCGGCUUGGUUUACGAGCUAACGAGUGUACCUUUAAUGCUUCAUUACUUUCGGUUUAGUGCAACUUGGAAAUUGUCGAAAACUUUUACUCAUCUCUGGACUUUCAUCGAUUAUCUAUGUUAUUCAACACAAUUGAUCGGUUUUGCUUGGGCUUCAAUUGAACGACAUAUUCUCAUAUUUCAUUUUCGAUGGUUAUCAACCAAAACACGUUGUUUUUUUCUUCAUUAUUUCCCUUUAAUAGUUCUAUUUACUUAUUGUUUUGUUUAUUAUUUUAUUGUCACGAUUUUUCCAUUAUGUGAAGAUUUAUUGAUCCCAUCACCGUUCAAUGGAGUUCCCGUUUCCUGUAUUCUAUUUAUUCCGAUUUUAUUGACAUACGACACCAUUGCUCAUCAAAUUUUACCAACGUUGAUCAUCAUUAUGUUGAGCACAGCGUUGUUUAUCCGUAUUCUAUGGCAAAAAUCUCGUUUAAACCGCUCGAUUCGAUGGAGAAAACAGAUGAAAAUGACGAUACAGUUGUUGUCGAUAUCCGUUCUCUAUUUAGUCUUCAUGGGCCCACGAACAAUUCUUCAAUUUUGUUUAUUUCUUGGUUUAAUUCAAGAAAAUGUCUUUAUCGGAUUUCUACACAGUUGUUUUUUCGCAAAUUAUAUCAUUUUUCUCUUUCCAGUAUUCGCCUGUGGAUCAAUGCUGGAAUUUCGUCAACGAAUCAAUCGAAUUUUUCUUUGGCACAAACAACGACGAUCCAUUCGACCAGAUAAUCGACCCUCUCAUCAAAAAAUACCAAUUAACAUUCGUUUGGGUCCUUAG